AUGACUUCCAAACGCGAAUACGACUUGAUUUUGUUAGGUGCAACUGGCUACACGGGUAUACUCACGGCGCGGUAUAUUUUCAAGUCGCUACCACCUGACCUGAAAUGGGCUAUUGCCGGGAGAAACAAGGGAAAGCUCCAGCAGCUUGCUCAGUCUCUAGUGCCGGAAAGCUCUUCUAGACAACCACCUCAUACCCUCAUCGUGAAGCUAGACCAGACUGAGCUGAACGACUUGGCAAAGAGGACACGACUCGUUAUAUCGACUGUGGGCCCAUUUGCGCUGUUUGGCUCGGAAACCUUCGCUGCCUGUGCUCGAAAUGGAACUCACUACUUAGACUGUACUGGAGAGGUGCCCUGGUUGAAGGACAUGAUUCAGCAGCACGAUCCCGUCGCAAGAGAGAACGGAAGCAUUAUGAUUCCGUGCUGUGGCUUCGACUGUGUGCCAUCCGACCUUUCCACUUGGGUUGCGGCCAACUAUAUCCGCCGCCAUUUCGGCACCCAGACUGGCCGUGUUGAUGUAUGCAUCCACAGUGUCCAGGGCGGAAUCAGUGGCGGGACAUUGGCGUCGGUUCUGCAAGCGUUUGAGCUUCAUUCCCUUCGCCAUCUCUACAAGGCCCAUGCCCCCUAUUCCCUAUCCCCGAGGCGACCCGCACCGACCGUGCCCGUACAACGAACUAGUAUCUGGACCAAGCUUUUCGGAUUACUCUGGAUCAGGCAGCUGGGCUGGAUGGCGUAUCAGCCACAGGGACCGGUUGAUCGAGCCAUCGUCCAUAGAUCUUGGGGCUUGUUAGAACCGACUACCGUUGCAUAUGGCCACCGGUUUGAGUUCCAUGCUUGGUUUAAAAUCUGGGGACCCGUGGCUGCGAUCUUGUGGCAUUUGGGAGGAUUAAUAUUGGCGCCGUUGAUCCUCCUACGCCCCAUCCGAAAGCUACUUCCGAAGCUUUGGUAUGAACCCGGUACUGGUGCAAGCCAGGAUAAAAUUGAGAAGAAUUGGUUCGAGUAUCGAUGUGUUGCCGAGGCAGAUACCGCUACUAAGGUGAAGCCAAAAGCCUUGGUUCGGAUGCGAUACGAGGGUGAUGCAUACAUAUUCACGGCUGCUGCCUUGGGAGAAGCAGCACGAAUUCUUCUUUGGCAGAAGGAUACAUGGGCGCACAACUUUGGUGGUGGUGUGUUGACCUCCGCCACCCUGGGAGAUCACUAUGUCUCUCAACUACGGGCUGCUGGGGUGACCAUCGAGGCUCGACGCGACGAUCCAGCAUUAAGGGGAAAAGAUCCUUUCACCAACGUUUGA